CACGAAUGCCUCUCCACAUCCAAAACUACCUCCAGCUAGCUUCACGAAACCCAACAAUGCCCAGCCAACUUCUUUAGUGUUUCGUUAAAGAUGAAAUCCAGAAGGAUCUCAAAACCAUCCUUAGCCAUCUGCUGGUGGUCCUUCCAAGUCGCUUUGGUCCUGGGAAUGAUCGCAGUGGUGAUAUGGCUAAGCCUAAUUCCCAAAAAACCCAAAUUCACCAUUGUAGAUCUCUACAUUCCAACCUUGAACACCAGUACUGGCAAUUCUUCCAAUUACGAGGGUAUCAUCCAAAACACUUCUCUAAUUCUUAUUCUCCAAGUCUCGAAUCCUAACAAAGGAAUUGCCGUAUUCUACAGUGACAUGAAUAUCUCGUUGUUCCAUCGCGGCGGCGAUUCCAUCGGUAAGCAGGCUGUUCCGGGCUUCUACCAAGGCCACAAGAGCAGCCUCUCUUGCAAUGUGACGACCGGUGCCGAUCAGAAGCAGCUUUGGAGGGGAGAUGCCGGCCGGGUUUUGGAUCUGAGGAUGCGCCUGGAGGCUGCAGUUCGAUUCAAGAUAAUAUGGUGGAAGACGAGGCAUCAUCGGAUGGAUUUUGAAGCAUUUGUGGUGGUUGAUCCCCGGGGGAAGAUGCAAGGGCAGAGGAACACACGGCUGAUUCAGAAAUUCAUCAAUUAGGGAUGAAAUGAAAAUUAUUUUUGAUUUGUGUCUGAAAUGUGCUUGCUAAAAAGGUCAUUGUAACCGGUUCAAAAUUAUGGGCGUGCUUUGAAAGUUCGGCUGCACUAAGUCUCUAUGAUGUAUAGAAACACUUUGGGGGUGCGAUUAUGGGGUCUCUUUAACACUUCUGGUAC